AUGAGGAAGACUUUGCUACUCGUUUUCAUUCACGGCUUCAAGGGUGGCGAUGACACUUUCGGCACAUUUCCUGAACAUUUACGCGUCCUAGCCAGCAAGGCAUUACCUGCAGUUGAGGUUGUCACUGCUGUCUAUCCCAAGUAUGAGACCAAAGGUGACCUGAAGCAAUGCGUCGCGAAGUUGCGAGAUUGGCUACAAGACACUGUGAUCGAUCUGGAAGUUGCCAACCAUACCGCAUCACCCACCGUCGACCCUUCGGUCCACGUCGUUCUAAUAGGUCACUCAAUGGGAGGGAUAGUAGGAGCAGACACUCUCCUUCUGCUGGCAGCAGAGCAGCCAAUUUCUCGAAAUCCGACUCCCAGCAUACAUCCUGAGUCCACAUAUGGCACGGAGCCUAUCGUGGAGCCGGGUACUUUCAUGUUCCCUCAUGUCCAAGGAGUCCUUGCAUUUGACACCCCGUUCUUGGGAAUAGCUCCCGGUGUCGUGUCAUAUGGCGCAGAAGGGCACUAUCGGAAUGCUGCGACCGCUUUCGACACCUUCUCUGAGGUCGCAGGAUUGUUCGGUUACGGUGGAAAGAGCAAUGCAUCCAAAAAGGGAGCCACUCCAGCUCCGCCUGAGGCCCAAAAAAGUUUGCCUCCCACACCUGACGCCGCCGCAACACCUUCUUGGGAAAGGUGGGGUAAAUAUGCUAUGUUCGCCGGCGCCGCUGGUGCUGUUGCUGCUGGUAGUGCAGCCAUGUACACGCAGCGCCAAAGGCUCGGUGAAGGAUUUGGAUGGGUAUCAUCGCACCUUGAGUUUGUUGGUUGCCUUGCUCGUGCCUCUGAAUUGCAACAGCGUCUUGCUCGCUUAUCAAUUGUGAAAGAGGAACGUGGAAUCGGGUGUAUGAACUUCUUCACAUGCCUCGGAAAUGGCGCAACGAACCUGGUGGAGAAUACAUCAGGAAACAAAACCUCCUUUAGCCAAAGGAUCAUUCGGUCCAAGAACAGGACUUUCUGUUCGUUACCAGAGGAGGUGGAAAACGGGCAGCAAUCUCAAAGUCCAGGACUCUUAUGGACUAGGGCUGUUAAUGAUCGCGCUACUGAUGAGACUAGUGCGCAUGUUACAAUGUUCCUUCCCAAACAGAACCCUGCGUUUUUCAAAUUGCUCACCGAAGCAUGCGAAGUCUUGGUCAAGUCGAUAGAUAAAGGCUGGUAUCAUUCGUCCACUGGAUCGACCAAGGAAAGCGCUACCAAACAACGAAACGCAAAGCAAGAGACAGAAACCAAAACAAACACAAACUUCAUGGAUGCCGAUGACGUUGUCAUCGUCGGCUGA